AUGUACGUUUUCAAAAGAGACGGUAGGAAGGAACCGGUUCGUUUCGAUAAAAUCACCGCUAGGGUGCAGAGGUUGUGCUACGGGUUGGACCCGCGUCAUGUGGAACCGGUGGCCAUCACCCAGAAGGUCAUUGCCGGAGUCUACCAGGGAGUGACCACGAUUGAAUUGGACAACUUGGCGGCAGAAACUGCCGCCACAAUGACCACCAUCCACCCCGAUUACGCCAUCUUGGCAGCAAGAAUCGCCGUUUCAAACUUACAUAAACAAACCACCAAGCAGUACUCCCUGGUGUCAAAAGACUUGUACGACUACAUCAACCCCGAGACAGGCAAACACUCGCCCAUGAUCUCCAAGGAGACCUUGGAGAUCAUCAACGAGCACGCCGACGAGUUGAACUCGGCCAUUGUCUACGACCGUGAUUUCAACUACAACUACUUUGGGUUCAAGACUUUGGAAAGAUCCUAUCUCUUGCGUAUCAAUGGCAAAGUGGCUGAAAGACCCCAGCAUUUGAUCAUGAGGGUCGCCAUUGGAAUCCACGGCAGGGAUAUCCCAAGAGUCCUUGAAACUUACAACUUGAUGUCGCAGAGAUAUUUCACUCACGGUUCGCCUUGUUUAUUCAAUGCUGGUACUCCCAAGCCACAAAUGUCUUCGUGCUUUUUAAUUGCCAUGAAGGAGGAUUCGAUCGAGGGCAUUUAUGACACUUUGAAAACUUGUGCUUUGAUCUCCAAGAGUGCCGGUGGUAUCGGCUUGCACAUUCACAACAUUAGAGGAACUGGUGCCUAUAUUGCCGGAACUAAUGGAACUUCAAACGGGAUAAUCCCCAUGGUUCGUGUCUUUAACAAUACUGCUCGUUAUGUCGACCAAGGUGGCAACAAGAGACCUGGCGCCUUUGCCUUGUAUCUUGAACCUUGGCAUAGCGACAUUUUCGACUUUAUUGAGAUUCGGAAAAACCAAGGUAAAGAAGAAAUUAGAGCUAGAGAUUUGUUCCCCGCAUUGUGGAUCCCCGAUUUGUUUAUGAAGAGAGUUGAAGAAAAUGGUGAAUGGACCUUGUUCUCGCCUAAUGAAGCGCCGGGAUUGGAUGAUGUUUAUGGUGACGAAUUCGAAGCCUUGUACAAUAGAUAUGUUAGCGAGGGCCGUGGUAGAGAAACAAUCAAGGCCCAGAAAUUGUGGUACUCCAUCUUGGAGGCGCAAACAGAAACUGGUACGCCAUUCAUGUUGUACAAGGAUUCAUGCAAUUCCAAAACAAACCAAAAGAAUUUGGGUAUGAUCAAAUCGUCCAACUUGUGUUGUGAAAUCGUUGAAUACUCAUCACCAGAGGAAGUUGCUGUUUGUAACUUGGCCUCGAUUGCCUUGCCUUCAUUUGUCGAGCAAGAUGGCACCAAUGCCUGGUACAAUUUCGACAAGUUGCACGAUGUCACCAAAGUUGUCACUAGAAACUUGAACCGCGUGAUUGACCGUAAUUUCUACCCGGUUCCAGAAGCCGAAAGGUCAAACAUGAGACACCGUCCAAUUGCCCUUGGUGUUCAAGGUUUAGCCGACGCGUUUAUGACGUUGAGAAUUCCCUUUGACUCGCAAGAAGCACGCGAAUUGAACAUUCAAAUCUUUGAAACCAUCUACCAUGCUGCUGUUGAAGCCUCGGUUGAAUUGGCUAAAGAAGAAGGCACCUAUGAAACUUACCCAGGCUCACCAGCUUCUCAAGGUUUAUUGCAGUUUGACUUGUGGAAUAGGAAACCAACCGAGUUGUGGGAUUGGGAUUUGUUGAAAGCUAAAAUGGCCAAGUAUGGUUUGAGAAACUCGUUAUUGGUGGCACCAAUGCCUACUGCCUCUACAUCGCAGAUCUUGGGUAACAAUGAAUGUUUUGAACCAUAUACAUCAAACAUUUACUCGAGAAGAGUGCUUGCAGGUGAGUUUCAAAUUGUUAACCCCCACUUGUUGCGAGACUUGGUUGACUUGGGUAUCUGGAACGAUGCCAUGAAGAGCAACAUCAUUUCCAACAAUGGUUCGAUCCAAGCAUUGCCCAAUAUCCCCGAUGAAAUUAAAGCAUUAUACAAGACUGUUUGGGAGAUUAGUCAAAAACAUAUUAUAGACAUGGCAUCUGAUAGAUCGGCAUUUAUUGACCAAUCGCAAUCACUAAACAUCCACAUUAAAGACCCCACCAUGGGUAAAUUGACAAGUAUGCAUUUCUAUGGUUGGAAAAAAGGAUUAAAGACAGGAAUGUACUAUUUGAGAACACAAGCCGCGUCCGCGGCCAUUCAAUUUACCAUUGACAAGACUGUUGCCGAACAAGCUGGUAACACCGUUGCCAACUUGAAGAAAUUAAACAGAACCAAGUACUUGAGCAAAGGUAGAGAUGAGUCUAGAGACGACGCUAGAGACGAAACGCUUGCAUUAUCUUCAAACGACGACUCAUCGGAAGAAAGUCCCUCUACCGUGCCAACUUCCAUUGAAAACUCGGUUGCCGACUUGAGUCUUGAUGCCAAAAAGAAGCCAACCCUUGAGAAAAAGCAGCAAGACGAAGUAGUUGAAGAUACAAGAACAAUCGAAGAGAUUGAAAAGGAUAUCUACAGUGCAAAAGUGAUUGCUUGUGCUAUCGAUAACCCAGAAUCAUGUACCAUGUGUUCCGGUUAG